UUAACAGAUGUCGAAAAUGACGUCAUUUCCCGCAAGGUCCCCAGAAAUUCUGAUCAAGAUGGAGAACAAGAAAAUAUUAUGAUAAUGAAAACAGAUGCCUGUUUAAGAAAUCAGGAGGUUGUAUGGUGCAGGAGGAAAACGCACAGUUUAAAAAAAAAUACACCUUUAUGAAGGAGUUGUCUCUCUUUCUCUGCUUAUGUUCAUGGCCAUGGUAGAUAAUGUAAUUAUUGUCCAAUUUCCCAGUGAAAGUUAACAAUGGAAGGAUCACCUGACAAAGACCCACCUACAUCAACUCGAACGUCCAAUCCGCCAAGUGACAGGUUGGACUUUGACAAUGAUGAUGGUGGUAAUGAUGCUGCAAAUCAGUCCCUUGAGCUCAGUGAUGCUCAGGACUCGGACUCAGAUGGAGAACUCGAGGAAGGAGAAAUUCAGUCCGAGGUGGAAACAAACGACGAUGACUCCAGGUCUGUUAGUGAGGUCAUAGGUAAAAAAGAAAGUGAAAGUAAGACACCCCAUAUACCAAACUUUAACAUAGUUAAGUGCCAACAAUCUUUUAACCAUGAGAGUCCCAGUAGUAGUAGCUUGCUGGACUCAAGUACUGAUCAGUAUAAAACUGAGUCCCCUGACAUUGUCCCUGAUAGUUUUGACAACAAGAGUGAGGUUGAGUCCAGUGAUGGUGAAAUAUAUUCUGCCAGUGAAGAUAACCAGGUUAGUGAUGUCAAAGAGCAGUCCGAUGAUUUGUUUGAUAUGGUGUUUGAUUUUAAGUCGUCGGAGAAAGAUCAAAGCACUGCAGAUUCUCUAGAUGAUACUCUCACAGAGGAUAUUGGAGAUGAUAUAGGAAGAAAAAGAAAGCACACUUCAGCUGAGAAUGGUGAAAAAAGAAACAGUGAUGGAUACCCAGCUGCCAAGAAGUCACGAGUCAUAAACCAGACAGCAUCAGAGGAAGUGAGCUCAGAAGCUGGCACUCUGAAUGAGAAUGGCUUGACUCACGAGUUUGAUGUGAUUGAUGAGACUAACGAAGAUGGGGCAGACAAUUUUGACCAGGAUGCUGGGGAAUACAACAGUGACGAAGAUGACCUGGAUGACAACGAAAUUUACGCAUGGCUGGAAGAGGGUGUUAGCAAAAAAUCGCUCAAGCCUGAGGAUGCAGAUGAUGGACCAUCUCAAAGAGAAAAACUUGUAUUGCAAGAGAAAGGGAGUGAUCCUUUUGACAUGCUACCAGAGGGUUGGGUGCUGGUCACACAUAACAGUGGUAUGCCGGUGUAUCUCCACAAACAGUCCAGAGUAGUGACAUUUUCCAAGCCGUACUUUAUAGGGCCUGGGAGUGUCAGGAAACACAACAUUCCUGUGAGUGGCAUUCCAUGUUUAUACUACAGACGGGAGAAAGAGAGGGAAGCUAAACAGAAGGCAGGGAAGGAGACCACGAAUACAAGUGACAGCAUGUGUAAUGGGGAAAGUCACAGUAAGAAUUACACAGAGAAUGGUGGAGAGAAGCAGUCUGUUGACGGUUCACAGCCCACACUGGCCAGCCUGCCAGUCAAGAUUGAGUAUGCUGAGGAGAGAGAGAAAGAAAACUCACUAGAGCCUGAGGAACUAAGAAAAUACUGUGAAUCUCUGUUUGAAUUUAGAAAAAUCACUGUCAAUAAAUUCAAAACAUGGAAGGACAGGAGAAGACAUUUAAAUAAUGUUAAAAAACAGUCCCGACCUGCACUACCCUCCAACACCAAAUUGAUUACUUGUAAAGUCCCAGCGGAGAAAGGAGACCACAAACCAAGGAAGAAAGAGUUUGUAUUGAAUCCAACAGGGAAAUCCUAUGUUUGUAUUCUCCAUGAAUAUGCUCAGCAUACACUGAGAGUGCAACCUCGUUAUGUUUUCAAAGAGCUUGAAAAUGCCCAGAAUCCUUACAGUGCUACAAUUAUCAUUAAUGAGAUUGAGUAUGGUACAGGAUUUGCUGGCAGCAAGAGGGCAGCUAAAAUGGAAGCAGCUAAAGCGACACUGAGUAUUCUGAUUCCUGAAAUGUCGAAGUUAAUAGAGAAACAAGUGGAGGAUGAGGAAGAUCUCUCAUUUUUCGAUGAUAUUAAAAUUGAGGACCCAAGAGUUUACGAGUUGUGCAAUAAAUCAGGUCAACCUAGUCCAUUUCAGAUAUUACUGGAGUGCCUCAAGAGGAAUUACGGCUUAGGUGAUACACAGUGUAAAAUAGACGUCAAAACUUUGAAACACCAGAAGAGUGAAUACACUCUAACUGUUGGAAAACACUCUGUUACGGUUGUGUGUAAAAAUAAAAGAGAAGGCAAACAGAGUGCUGCUCAAGCUAUGUUAAAGCAACUUCACCCCCAUAUCUACAGUCUUGGUGCUCUAUUGAGGUUGUAUGGAAGGUCUUCCUGGAAAAGCGUCAAGGAGAAAAAGAAAGAGGAACAUGCUAUAACUGGAUUACAGUCCCAAGUCCGCUCCAAGAAACCAAAUGAACCUCUAUUACAAAAGUUAAAGGAAGAAAUGAUGAAAAUCCAAAUCCAAAGAGAAUCGGUCAAAACCAAGGGGAAGUUCCGUGUGGAUACAAAGACUCUGUCUGGUGCUGUGACCUGUAUAGACCUCUAGAGUUGUCUGCUCUUGUUCCCAUUUAUGGGACCAAACAUCCACAAUGCACAAUUCUAAUUAUUGCUUAUUGGUGAAGCUUGGUCAAUGAAAGACUGUGAUUUUUUUGAUAGAAUUUAUUCCCAUUAGAUUUUUUCAAAUUAAUUAUACAAGUGUAUGUAACUGGUCUUGAUGGAUGUAUUUGUGCUUAUACUUUAUUGGAGUAUUCUAUUUAGUAUUUAUUUCAAUAAUAUUUAAAUAUUGAUUGUCCCAAUCAAAUUUUUUGGUGAUUUUUUCAUGUGAAUUAGUGAUUGAGGAUAAUGGUAAAUGUAGAUGUGUGCAUAAAUGGUGAGUAAGCAAUUCCUAUGUGAGAUUAAAUUUUUGUAUACAUGUACCAUAUUUGGUAUUGGGUUUUCAGUAUGUUUAGUAGAUAUCUUCCAUUAUAUUAGGGAAAACAUUGUGGUCUUGAGACAUUGAAUAUGUUCAACCAUAUGUAAAUAUAAAAUGUGUAUCUAAUCUAUUUUGACUUUGCAUGUAUGAAGUUUUGUACUUUGAUAAAUGUGAUUUUAAUGUGGUAUAUACCUGUCACAAUAUUCUAAUUAAGUCCAGAUUAUAAAAAUCCAUGACACAGAAAAGGCAUUCCAUAUUUGAUUUUUAAUGAAAUUAUUUUGGAUAUCAGAUUAUUAAAAAUUGGAUCUGUAAUUUUUUUUGUCACUGUGCUGAUUUGUUUUAUUUAUGCUUACACAUAUAAAAAGUUUUCCUCUCCAGAAUCUAAAAUUUUGGAAAAAGAUAAUCAUUUUUUUUUUUUCAAAUUAAGAUUUAUAUAUCCUCCCACACAAACACAGAAAAUGAAUUUCAGAAAUUUGAACAAUUUAAUUAAGCUAUCUAUCUAAAAGGGGAAUGGUAAAUAAGUGACAUAUUACCAUUAUUACUGACAGUUCUUACAGCGUUUAAUAACAAAAGUCAGUGAAUCUCUUUGUGAACUCUACUGCUCAGAGACUAAAAGAGCUUGUUCAUUAGUCAGAUGUCCUUCCAUCCUGAAACAAGUUUUCUAAAUGCUAAUCCAGUACUAUUGGUCCGAUUUCAGUAAGUACACACAGGAUAUCGGCAUGUAGGUUAUAAUGAUACAUAAUUAUAUGAUUGGUUUCUGUCGCAAUGAACAAUGUUGUCAUGGUUACUAAGAAAGAAUAGAAAUUUUGGUUAUUUUUUUCUUCAAAAUGAAAGCAACUCCUCUUCCAGUUGUAGUCUGAUAUCAAUAAAUUUAUUUAUGCAAAAAUAGAUCUAAUUUAGAAAUACAAUUUCUAUGAAUUGGAUGUAGAUUUUGUUAAACAGUGUUGCUUUGGUAACUAAUAACUCAUGACUAAGAUACAGAAUGUGAGGAAAAGUGUUGCUAUGGUUUCUCAAACAAAACAAAAAAAUGUAAUAUUCUUUCAAAACACUACUGCAAUUCUGAUCAGUUUUCAAUGAAAUUUGGUAUACAUUGAUAUUCUUUCGAAAGCUGUAAUUUUAGUUAGAUUUCACCGAGACUUGAUACAAUGGCAAGUAUUCAUUGAUUCAAGAUUAUACCUGUUUGUAAUUCCAUUUGACAAAAUUGAUAUUACAUGUAAAUCAGCAAGAUUACUGUAUGUUAAAAACUACCAUAUCAAGAUUACCUAUAAUCCAUUGUACAUGUGAUCAAAUCUAAACAGAAUAAACUGUUUUUGAUUACUUCCAAA